GUUCCUUACGUUUCGAUAUUUUAAUAACCGCCUCACGAUUUCUUAACCAAACAAAUCAUUGCGAUACACAGAGAGAGAUUAGGGUUUCGAUUUCAUCUCUUCACGAUGUCGUACUCUAAAAGGUCAAGGUAUUCCCGUUCUCCUUCUCCUUACAAGGGGCGUGGCAGGUCUGUGUCGAGGUCUCUUUCUCGGUCAAGGAGCUUAUCGAGGUAUGAUAUUUUCUUUCGUAUCUGCCAUGGUUGAUUUUAUUUAAGUAUUUCUAACAUGGUUUCUGGGUUUGGCUCUAAAGCUGUUUUUGUUCAUCUGAUUUGCCUUACGGGAGCUCUGUAAGUGAAGUUGAAAAUCCGGGUAACAAUUUGUAUGUGACUGGAUUGUCACCUCGUAUGACAAAAAGGGAAUUGGAGAGACAUUUUGCAAGUGAGGGGAAUGUGAUUGAAGUUCAUCUUGUUGUUGAUCCAUGGACAAGAGAAUCUCGAGGGUUUGGGUUUGUUACAAUGGCCACAAUUGAAGAAGCUGAUCGGUGCAUUAAGUAUCUUAAUCGGUCUGUUCUUGAAGGAAGAGUUAUCACAGUCGAGAAGUUUCUGUGGCAGCAGGUUAGCUGUGUGUAGCAGCUCUUCAUCAAACUCCAAAAGUGUUACAACUAAACAAACAAAUCAAACACAACAACUGUCAGAUCAUUAGGGUUGUAUGCCCUGAAUUUCUCUCUUUUCUUCAACUGUUAUAUUUUCUGCUGUUUUACUUAUCGCACAGGCGUAGAUUCUGUCAACUCAUGUUGUUUGAUAUAAAUAUCUCUACUUGAGAUAAAAUUUGAUUGUUUCUUCUAGCCCCUGUGUGAUUUUUGCUGAAUUCUUGCUCAUGUUUUGAGUUUCAUUUACUACAGGCUAGGAGGCGGAGAGGGAGGACUCCAACACCAGGACAGUAUUUGGGCUUGAGAACCGUUCGGGUGCGCCAUCGAUCACAUAGCUGCUCUUCUCGGCGGUCUCCCAGUUACUCUCCAUACCACAGGAGUCCAUCAUAUUCGCCUGAUAGGAGUAGGAGCAGAUCUUACUCCCCCUCCCGUGGCCGGCGCAGAUCUUACUCUCCAUACCAUAGCAGACGCAGGUCUUAUUCUCGAUCUCGCUCUCCAUACAGUAGAUCACCAGAUGACCGCUACUACAGAAGGCGAGAGAGGUCAUACUCUCCUGAUGGUCGUCACUACAGAAGGCGUGACAGAUCUUACUCUCCAGAUGAUCGGUACUACCGUAGGCGUGACCGUCACUACUCACGAGAUGAUCGGUACUACAGGAGGCGGGACAGGUCCUACUCUCCAUAUGACUCAAGGUAUGAUUCUCCGGAUGACAGAUAUCACAGGAGGCACCACUCACCCUCUGUUUCCCGAAGCCCUACACCAUCAAGGUCAAGAAGGAGCUUAAAGAGGAGGAGCUAUUCUCGCAGCGUCAGCCCUUCCAGUUCAAGGAGCUACUCCCGAAGUGCUUCCCCUAAAGAAAGGAGCUCAAAGAGGAGCUAUUCAAGAAGUGUGUCUCCACCACCUGGGGAAAAGACCAAGAGUUCAACUAGACGGCGUGACAGCCGCUCUCCAAGCAGGAUUGCAAGUCGAACCUCGAGAUCAGUUUCAAGAACUGCGAGUCCAAGGUCGGAAUCACCUUCUAGAUGAAGGUGGUAAAGAUCUCUGAUGCUUUCCUUAUUAGGGAUUAUCUGGUAGAUGAUUGUAUUGGACAUCGAUGGUACUUGUGUUACUCUUAGGUUUAUAUAUAAGUUGUACUCCUGAAUGACUUGUUAAUAAGUGGUUUGCAGUAUCAUUUCUAUUUCCAUCAUUCUUAGGCUUAGUUAAUGGCUCAUCUCAUAUAUGCUUGUUUGUCUUGGAGUUGUCAGAUUUUUAAUCAGUCUUUACAAUGUGAAUUUGGUUAUAAUUGAAUUCUGGAGCACGGUCGUUGGAAUAUGUAUAAUGUAUGUGGAGGCUCAUUUCGUUUAGAAUUUUUUUUUUUAAUAUAAUUUUUAUAUAUUA